AUGGAAAGGGCUAUGAAGAGUCAAUUUCAGUAUCUAUUGAAAGCCCCGACUGUCAUUUUCUCAGGAACAAUAAUCCACCAGAUGUUGAUCAGGAAAAGCAGCUCCAAUUCGAAGGGAAUAAGCUUCUUAGUCAAUGGUCAGCAGCUUUACUGGGGCAUGAAGGAAUAUGCCUUGGUAACAGGCCUAAAUUUUGGAAGAUUUCCUGUCAUUGAAAACUGGAACGCUGAAGAAAUUCCACCUCUAGUCCAUAAAUACUUUGGUGGCAAAACAGUUGUUAAAGUGACAGAUGUUCAAAGUGUUUUCCUCAACUGCUCUGAGAAGGAAGAUGCAUGGAAGCUUGGGCUCAUCAACCUUAUCUACCAGUGUCUCUUUGGAUCUGAUAAUAGGAAGAGGGUAUGUUUGAAGAUCUUCAGCAUGGUGGAGGAUAUGGAAAUGUUCCUUCAAUUUCCAUGGGGAAAGGUGUCAUUCAAUUCAACUUUGAAGGGUAUUGACAAGGACAUGAAACAUCUUCGGCAGCUAUAUGUGGAGAAGAAGGAAACUUGCAAGGGGAACUGUGAUGUUGCUUAUACUAUUAGUGGCUUCGCCAUAGCCUUCCAAGUUUGGACAUAUUUGGUUAUGAAGACAUUUGUCCCCAAAUUUGCGGAUAUGAUCGAGGAAAAACAUACAUGCCCAAGGAUAUUACUUUUUACAGCCUCCAGAAGCAACACCAACACUAGCCAAGAGGUAUCCAAUGCCCUUUUCAAAUGCAAUGUCUUUAACAAGAUUCAUGAGUCUGAGGAAGAGAAGAGGAACUACUGUGGGGAUGACUUUGAAGAAAUGGGAGAUUACAUUUAUGAUGAUUUAUUUGAGGUGGAUGGUAGGAAGAGAAAGAAUGAAGAUGGUACUCCCAAACAAACGCCCAAGAGGAGAACAAUUAAAAGGACAGCAAUUAAGAUGAUCGAGUCUAGUGAUGAAUCUAGCGAAGACAGCUCUCGGUCUACUACUCGUGAAUCAACCCAUGUCCCUUCAGCAACGAGUCCUCAAAAGAAAGAAGACAGUUCUCCUACUAGGCAAGACAAGUUUGACAAUCCGGUGACUAAAGCCCAGAAUGAUGACAAGUUUGAUGAGCUUACAAAGGAUGUGAAGGAGUUGACAAGGGAUGUGAAGGAGCUGAAAACUGAAAUGAAGGUAAUGAAAGAGGAUCAACGGGUUAUGUUCAAACACAUAAUCCAAUUAUUGGAUGAAAUAAAACAACAAAAGAAUGAUGUUUCUGCUGCUGAUAUGAAUGAUGUUGGGUUGGAGGAUGCUGUUGCUGCUACUGAUAUGAAUGAUGUGGAGAAGGAUUUGGAAAUCAACAAAGAUGUUGCUGAUGAGAAUGAUGAUGUUGAUGAUCUGCCGAAUGAAAAAGAAGAUGCUGCUGAUAUGAAUGAUGUUGGGUUGGAGGAUGCUGUUGUUGAUGGUUUGGAGAUGAUAACCAAUGAUGAUGUUGGGUUGGAGGAUGCUGUUGUUGAUGGUUUGGAGAUGAUAAACAAUGCUGCUGUUGUUGAUGAUGACAAAGAUUCUUCUGCUGUUGAUGAAGCUGUUGUUGAUGAUGAUCAAAACAAGGAUGCUUAUGCUGUUGAUGGUUUAGAGAUGAACAAAGAAGCUGUUGAAACUGUUGAAACUGCUGUUGUUGAAAUUGAUGAUGAAGAGGCUGUUGAUGAAGAGGCUGUUGAUGAAGCCGAGCAGAAUGUAAACAAAGAUGAAGAGGCUGCAGCUGUUGUUGAUAAGAAUGUUGAGUUGGGAAAGAAAGAAUUGGCCACGAAGAAGAAGAGGAAGAAUGAUGAAGAGGAUGACAUGGGAAAGAAGACUGAUGAAGAGGCUGAGUUGGGAAAGAAGAAGGAUGAUGAUGUAUUGGUAUUGACUCCAACAAGAUUUCAGGGACAGAGUUUUCGGAGAAAGAAGAGGUCCACACAAUUGGGGAACUAUACAGAUCCUAAUGGAAAAUCCUUUAAACUCAUUGAUCUAGUAACUGUAAAUCCUCUUUUAGAUUAUGAUAGUGAACUGUUGGAUGAUUUGAAACAAUGGAUGAAGCUGGAGGAUGAUGACAAAAUAAAUCUGGUUCUUUUCCAUGCUGGUCGAGAAUUGUUUAACAGAAUGUUGAGGCCUCAGAAUUGGCUACAUGAUCAGGAGGAGAUAGAUGCAGCAUAUUACAUUCUUAAAAAAAGAGUUGCCAAUUUUCCCAAGACUUAUCAACCGAUGGAUUUCUCAAUAUGUGACUGUAAUGUCUCUACGAGGUUGUCGUUACGUUAUUCAAAGUUCUCCAAAAAUCCACAAACAUACACAUUCGACGAUGACUUGAUGGAAUAUUUCAGGGGUGAUGAAGAAAAAUUGAUGACUUCUUGGAUGAUUGUAGAUAAGAUAUAUUUCCCUAUGAAUCUUAAUAUGAAACAUUGGGUCCUUUGUGAGGUGCAACUACAAGAUUGGUGCAUCAAUGUUUAUGACUGCGAACAAGGAUUUAUCAAAAAGAAUCAAUAUGACAAGUUCAUGAAACCACUAUGUAAAAUGAUUCCAUAUCUCUUUCUAUUUGGAACGACCGAGUUUGACAGGAUCAAGUAUCCUAAGUUCAGUUUGGAAGGAAUGUCAUAUGUUGUAAUACCACACCCAAGAGUCCCCAAGUGCACGAAGAGUGGAGACUGUGGUCUUUUUACAAUCAUGUAUUUGGAGUACCUUACUGCAAAAUUGGAUAUAUCAGCUGUGACAUCAGAGAACAUUGUUUUUUGGAGACAAAAAUGGGCAGUUAGGUUGUUCCACCAUAUAAUAGACCCAUAG